AUGGAAGACUCCGAAAUCACCAGCACACCACCAGAUAACACCACCACCGAAAGCCCCUCAAACCCCCUCCUCCGCGCCUCCAACCCUCUCGUCACUGAUCUCGAACAAGAAGUUCUCGACGAAUACUCCCGUCUCCUAGGGAACGUCAACAAGUUGUCCGAUAAACUAUCCGACCUCGCCGGCUCCCCCUCCUCAUUGACACUCGACGGCCUACGCCUCCUCGAACGCAAAACAGCAACGGUGUGCACGUUGCUCAAAGCGAGUGUUUACAGUAUUGUGCUGCAGCAGCAGAUUUUUAAUGAGAGUGAGGAGCAGCAACAACAGCGGGAACAAGCUCAGCAGGAGGAGAUGGAGGGACAGUUUGGGGGAGGGGCUGGGGAGGAGGAGAGUCAGUAUGGGUAUGGGUUUCAGUAUGGAGGUGGAGGAGGGCAGUAUGGGAAUGGGUAUGGGGAGGAGAGUUUUGGGGGGUGA